AUGGACGCUCUGCACACCGGCAAUGAUAAACAUUUUCUCUCUUUGCACCUUUUCAAACUGCCAGAAUCAUCGAGCAGCCGGACCGGAUCCCGGCCCGCGGACCCGGCUCGGCUCUGCCCCGCUCCUGGGACCCCCGCCCCGGGCGGCCCGCUCACUCACCUGGGGACGCUGCUGGCGGGACGCGACGCUCCGGGCUCCGGCGGGUGGGACAGGUAAGGCAGACUGGAUCUGGGCUUUCAUCAUCAGUUGGGAGCACCGAGGGAACCAGGAACAGAAGCUCACGCUGACCAAAGCGUCACCAUCCUGCAUGCGAAGGUCGCUCAGAAGUCCUACGGCAACGAGAAGAGGUUCUUCUGCCCUCCUCCUUGUGUUUACAUCAGCGGUGAUGGAUGGAGGGUCAUGCAGGACCACCUGAAAGACGGCCGCGGUGGUGACUCGGCAUACCGGCCGUGCGGUUACAUGUGCCUGGACAGCUCCGCUCAGUCUCAGGCCGACUCCUUCAAGCUGGCCUUUGACGAGCAGCAGGACUCCAGGAUGUUUGCCUCGGCCAAGUCCCUGUUCAUCUCCGACCAAGACAAGAGGAAGCACUUCUGCUUGCUGCUGCGGCUGUUUGUGGGCCACCGACAGGAAGUGGGUUCUUUCCACAGCCGGAUGAUCAAAGUCAUCUCCAAGCCGUCCCAGAAGAGACAGUCCAUGAAGAACGCCGACCUGUGUAUCUCCUCCUGCUCUCGAGUAGCUCUGUUCAAUCGCCUUCGCUCUCAGACCGUCAGCACUCGGUACCUGUCGGUGGACAGAGGAGCCUUCGUCGCCAGCGCCAGGCAGUGGACGGCCUUCACCAUCACCCUGGUGGAGGACCAGCGUGUCGACCAAGGAGACUUUGUGCUGAGCGAAGGCUUCAUCUGUUACGGCUGCGUGGUCCAGUUAGUGUGCACCGAGACCGGAGCUGCUCUGCCGCCGAUGGACAUCCCGUAGGUCAUCAAGCAGCACGCCAUCCUGGACGUGGACGAGCCCGUCUCUCAGCUCCACAAGUGCUCCUUCCAGCUGCGAGACGACCCUGAGGCCUACCUGUGUUUGUCCAACGACGUCGUCGGGCUGCACCAUGCGCCGUCCAGUGCCAAGGACCCCGGCAGGGUGGUGCUGAACGACGGGUCCUGCUGGACCAUCAUCGGGGUGGAGGCGGUGGAGUUCACCUUCAAUCAGGGACCGUCGUGCAUCGAGACACCGGUUACUCCUUUCCCAGUCAUCACAGGGUUAGAGGUGAAUGGUGGAGGACAUGUUGCCACGCUGGAGGUCCACGGAGAGAACCUGAGCCCUCAUCUCAAGGUGUGGUUUGGAAACAUCGAGGCUGAGACCAUGUUCAGGUCUCCCCAGUCUCUGCUCUGCGUCGUUCCGGACGUCUCCGUCUUCAGUGAGGGCUGGCGCCGUUUGAGGCACAUCACGACCGUCCCCCUGUCGCUCCUCCGAUUGGACGGCCUCAUCUAUCGCACCGCCUUCAGCUUCACCUACACGCCGGAGCUCCGGCCGCUCCUGUGUGCCCGAGGAGCAGCAGGAGGAUGGAGGCGGGAGGGGGCGGAGGAAGGCCAGCCGGACGACGUCCUGCUGGAGACCAUCCAUCAGGAGUUCACCAGAGCCAACUUCCACCUCUUCAUGCAGAGCUAGCUCACCUGUCCUCAGGUGGACGCUUGGAUCCAGGCUGUGCUCUGACCUCGUCUUCACCAUGCUUCAGGCACAUGCUCGGGACGAUGUCAGAGUUAACCAGAUGAUUAUGUCAUGCAGAGUAAACGUGGUCAAAGCUAAAGGCAGAUCGUCAGAUGGAGAAAAGGUGAAGUAUCAGAAUCUUAUGUCGCUGUGAAGCCGGUAGAAACAAUGAGGCUGAUCGGCACUAUGCUCGUGAUAUUUGCACGAGAUCAUUCUGAACCGAGAAGUUUUGUUCUAAAAGGAUGUCUUAUAAUUUACAUUAUUGUUCCAAAUGAUCUGGGAUUGAUGCUAAACAAAGUCAAUAAUCACUGUGUGAGCUUUAUGGCAUCUCAUGAAUCAAUAAAUUGGCUGCAUGUGA